CUUCCGGUUCAAAGUUUGAAGAGGUCACGGUGUCCUUCCACACGUGUGUUUCCAGGCAUAACUAGUACUCGUACUACAGUAGCUAACGUGAGUAGCUGGUAACAGGAACUUAGCAAACAAUUUUUUUUUAUUUACUAGUCAAAUUGACCAACCUAUAAUCAUGCUAAGGACGUUUUCCCGAGCGGUGAGUUCCGCAGUUCGAGUUUCUACUACCUCAAUGUCCUCGACUCCUGCUCUUCAUCCUCUUACGAGGUCGGUGUUAUACUCUCCAAACUCAGGAACAACCCGGCCUUUCACCCGGUCUCUCUGGAUGAUGAGCAGUAAUGGCGCAGCAUCGGGAUACCGACCAAAACUCUUCAGUUCAAAAGGACGGAGUCCUGUAUCCUGUGAAUGUGUGUCGCUACAUACGGAAGGAGACAAAGCCUUUGGAGAUUUCCUGUCUGAUGAAAUGAAAGAAGAGAAGAAGGUCCAGAAAAGCAAGACUGUUCCCAAGAUGUCUGGAGGAUGGGAGCUAGAGCAGAACGGCACAGAAGCCAAACUCAUCAGGAAGCUCUCUGGAGAAAAAGUGACCGUCACAUUCAACAUCAACAACAGUGUUCCCCCUAACUUUGAAGAGGAGGCGGAACAAGUGCAGGGACAGAAGUCGGCAGAAAGUGAGCCAGAUGUUGUGUCAACACCCAACUUUGUUGUCGAGGUGACGAAACCAGCAGCAAAACAUUCCUUGGUGUUUGACUGCCAUUAUCCUGAAGAUGAGGUAAGCCACGGUGAAGGGGAAGAGGAGAGCGACAUCUUUUCCAUACGUCAGGUCAGUUUUCAGCCAGAGGGAGAUGGAGAGUGGAAGGAAACGUCCUACACACUCAACACAGACGCUCUGGACUGGGCUCUGUAUGACCACCUGAUGGACUUCCUGGCUGACCGGGGGGUAGACAACACGUUUGCUGAUGAACUGAUGGAGCUGAGCACUGCCAUGGAGCAUCAAGAAUACAUCAAGUUCCUGGAUGACCUCAGUGGCUUUAUCAAAUGUAAUUAGUGUGUAACUUAAUGAAUUGUGUUCUGUUUAAAUUUCAGACACCAUCCCCUCUAAAUAUUUUCCAUUUGUUUUUCCAAUCUAAUUUUGGAAGGGGAAGUAUAGGUGCAAGAGUUAUUGCAUUUGAUGUUUCUGCAGCUUUUAAUUUCAUAUUGAACCAUUUUGCUGCAUCUUACUGUAACUGAGGUUAAUAAAGGCUGUUAGGUUAGUAUCAAUGUUGA